GUUGUGGCAGUGAGCGUUCGGCUGCUGAUCACUAAGCGUCCCGACACUUCCGGAUCCUCCGUACGCGUCCGCGGCUCAGGAGACCUGUUGAUAGCGAUUGUCGGCCACCUUUUGUGAUCGUUGCGACAUCUCUCCGAAACGAACGCGAACCCUGAUGACUCAAUAAAUUUCGGACUAAAACAUUCGUCGAUAAUAAUUGAACAGCUGCUGCCAUGGCCUUGAAGAGCGGCUGGAUUGUUAUCCUGGUUGCCGUUCAUCUCUUCGUCUAUCAAGGAAAUGGGGCAAAGUCUCCCACGUUUUCAACACCCAGUUCCACAAUUCAAGCUGUGGUUGGAGAUACUGUACUUCUUCCGUGCAAAGUGGUUGAUUUGGGCAACUAUCUGGUAGCUUGGAAACGGGGCAUUGCCGUUUUGACAGCAGGCACCGUCAAAGUCAGCCCGGAUGAGAGACUGUUUCUGCUGGACAAUUACAACCUGCAACUGCGCGCUGUACAGGAGUCCGAUGCUGGGGACUAUGCCUGUCAAAUCGCCACCAUACAGCCAAUUGAGAUCACACACACGCUCCAAAUCCUCGUGCCUCCGCACAUUGAAGGAUUCUCACCAGAGGGCGUUCUUGAAGUGGAGAAAGGCAGUCGCAUGCAAGUGGACUGUGUGGCUGGUGGCCAUCCAGAGCCUUCGAUAUCCUGGUCAAAAAAUGGUAGAAAGAUGUCUUCGGACGCUCGACUUGAGCUGCACAACGCGCAAAAGCAGGAUGCUGGCAUGUACUUGUGCACAGCCAACAAUGGCGUCGGGAUACCCGCAUCGGCACAGCUUGAGCUCAACGUUCUCUAUGCACCUGACGUGAAUGUAUCGAGUAAUUGGAUACAUGCUGGUGAUGGGUCCAGUGCCAACCUAUCCUGUAUUGUCGAGUCAUAUCCUACAGCAAUUGUGACAUGGUACCGAGAAACAAAGCCGUUGACACCGACAGAGCGGUCGGAGACCAGAAGUACAGGCCACCAAUAUUGGCUGAUGCUGCAUCACGUCAGAUCAUCCGACUUCGGACUCUACACAUGUGUAGCCGAAAACCGCAUGGGCAAAGCCAAGGGGACUAUCGAGCUAUCAGGCAAGCCGCACAGAGUGGUAUUCACGUCGCAGCCGGAGAGCCGCUUCAAGGAUCGCUACACGAUAGCGUGGACUGUGCACAGCCUCUCUCCGGUCGAGGAGUUCAAGCUGCUCUAUCGGCGCUCGAGUCGAUCUCUCUCCUCUCCUCACUCAACCGCUAGGUACUUCCGCAGGUUUGACGGCAGCAACAACACAGUGGCAGGUGACAUGACGGUGGAUAACUGGAGCGAGGUGGCGCUGCGAGCGUCCAUGAGCUGGGAACGCGACGCCAAGCAGGAGACCUCGUUCGAGCUGAAGGGACUCGAGCCGUCGGCCACCUACGAGGCACUCGUGCAGGCUCGCAACAAGUUCGGAUGGAGCCAGAUAUCGGACACCUUUCACUUUGUCACUCGCGCUUAUGAUCCAUUAGAGCCAUCAGAACCAAACUUCCAUUCAGAGCCUGAAGUGAGAGGGAUUGGCGUGAGAGCACUGAGUUCGACCUCCUCCAAACUGGUGCUGGUCAGUGCCGGAUUACCUUUGAUCACUCUGCUAUCAUUCACCGGAGUCUUCUAUGGAACGUAGAAUGAGAAAGCUGCCGUUUACUGAGCAACUGAAGAGGCAAUUCUGAGAAAAAAGAGCUUUCAUGGGUCCAGACGUAAUUGAAAAUGGAGAUUUUAAAACGUCUUCACUACUUCUCUCCUCACUCUCACUCUUCUCGUCGUAAAACCAACUCGUUUACUCUAUCUCUUUCUAACUGUGAGUGUAAUUGUGUCCAACAAUAAUUAAUGUUAUUCUAUGUGAUGAGUUGUACUGAAUGGAGUAAUUGAUUGUGUGUUGUGAAACAACACUAAGUUUGAAGUUACCAAACUGUUUUUAUUUUCUGCAAAAGUAUUAACUGUUAGAAUUUUGGAAGAUAUGUGUGGAGUGGAGCAUAUUUUUGAGAAUAAAAAUUUGUGUGAGAGAGUGAUUGUAUGUACUAUGAAUGUAUGUGACGUAGCAAAUGCUUACUUAGAUAAUUAUUGUUGAAGUUUUAUGUGUGUCGAUUGAAUUCCCUGUGUAAAUAUGACAAUGUUCACUUGUUUCCCGACCUGAAAAAUUGAAAUUCUUUUAUUAGUAGAUGAGUACUUUUGGCUGUAAAUUAUGAUAAACGUUAAAGAAUACUUUGCUGUAAGGAUUCAAGUAUAUUUGUAAGAUUGAUGAUGUUGUACAUUUGGAAAAGACAUUUUUGAAUGGCAUUAUUGAUAAAUAAUAUAAUAAAGUAUUUACUUAUUGCUAUGGUGUAAAA